AUGAGUUUUUUGACAAGUCUUGCCCAAAAAGCGUAUGAUGUGGCUGGAAAUAUAUCUGGUGGGCGAGAUUAUUUAGCAACAGCUGCUAAUAGAUUAAAUCAAGUAGUGAAGGGAAAAGAUGCUCAAGUCUAUCUUAAACCAGGCAAUAUUAUUCAAUUUAUUUGUCGUUCCUCUGGACGAACCAUUCAAAUAGUCAUGUCAGCGACAAGCAACGAACUUGUUCCGGAUGCCAUUGGUGGAUCCGGAUCUUAUUAUCCAAAUUCUCAUUUUCUCGUUGUUUGCUCACAAUAUGAUCGGUAUUAUUUCCAUAAUAAUUACAACUAUCUUGGAUUAAAAAAUCACCAACCGUGCAUUGUGCCAUCUUCGUUUGGAACCACACCACCGGAGGAAUGUGAAUUUCGAGUUCAUGAUAUGUUAGGCAGCGCGACACAUAUAUAUUUAGAAUCUGUUCAAUCUCCUGGAUUUUUCCUUAGUUUUGAUGAAAAUGGUGCAAUUAGUAACGAAGCAGCAUGUAAACUUAAAGAUAAAAAUUCACAAUUUCAAGUCAGUUUAAUCGCAUAUGGACCCGGGAUAACACCUGUGAAAGAUGAUGGAACAAUUGAGGCAUCAACUGAACAACCGCCACCUCCGUACUACGCGGCUACAGCAGGUGAAACUACUACAGGUUCAAGUUCACCACCGGCAGGUGAUACAACAAAAUAA